GUUUUGCGUGCAGCAAACGGCUGCUGUCGCAACAAUUUCUGCACAUUCGGAAUCUACAACGAUCGAUAGCAAAGAAGCGUCAGGAGCGGAAAGCGUACAGACGGAGAGAGCACGACAACGACGAGGAUAACGGCUACGACAACGACGUCAGCCUGCAGGGAGCGCCUCGUCCAGUACGGCGCUCUUCUAACGGCGAUACGAAGGAGUUAUGGUGUCUCGCAAAUGCGAUGACUGCGGCCGCAGCCGUGGCACCGUGGCAUCGUGCCCACUUUUACAAGGCGAUCGUCUGCGUCGUCCUCGCCCUGAUUGCCAUUCAGUAUUUACUUAGCGGCGUUAUCGAUCGUCGAUCCAUCGAGACCAUUUUCACGAUUAACGCUACCAGGUACGCGGAUCGUACGUACAGGCACCAUCCUCGUGGACUGAUCAUUUACGGCCCCGUUACGGUAUCGAGCAUACCCGCUAGCAGUAAUGCGACUGCCUCGACUUUCUUAUGGGCUGGCAAAGCUAAUUCCAACAACGUCUCGAAACUGGACACCGGUUUUCCCACUCGAAACGCGUACAUCGUUGGAAGCUCGCUAGAAUCCUCGACCGCGAAUUCGACGAACGGCACCGCGAUGCAACAAUGCCCGCUCAUUCCUCCGAAUCUGGUUGGACCGCUGGCGGUUAGCAAGUCACCGCCGGAAAUGUCGCAGAUGGAAAAGCAGUUCUCCGAGGUGAAACCGGGCGGCAGAGGUUACCCGAGCGAUUGCCUCGCGAGGUAUCGCGUUGCCAUUAUCGUUCCGUUUCGAGAUCGACCGCAGCAUCUUCAGGCGUUGCUCUACAACCUUCACCCGAUGUUGCUGCGUCAGCAGAUCGACUAUCAAAUAUUCAUAGUCGAACAAAAAGGCAGCGAAGCCUUUAAUCGCGCGAUGUUGAUGAACGUGGGAUACGUGGAAGCCUUGAAGGAACGGCCUUUCGACUGCUUCAUUUUUCACGACGUUGACCUGCUUCCGGAGGACGAUAGAAAUCUGUACACGUGUCCGGAGCAACCGAGGCACAUGUCGGUCGCGGUGGACAAGUUCAAAUACAGGCUACCGUACGCCGAUUUGUUCGGCGGCGUGUCGGCGAUGUCGCGCGACCACUUUCGUCUGGUGAACGGGUUCAGUAACGUGUAUUGGGGUUGGGGCGGCGAAGACGACGAUAUGGCGAACCGUAUCAAAGCGCACGGGCUUCAUAUAUCGCGGUAUCCCGCCAACGUGGCGCGCUACAAGAUGCUCACGCACAAGAAGGAAAAGGCUAAUCCAAAGAGGUACGAGUACCUGAAGACGGGAAAGAAGAGAUUUACCACGGACGGACUGAGCAAUCUCCAAUACGAGCUGGUCGACAAGCAAAAGCCGAAAUUGUACACGUGGUUGUUGGUAAAGUUAACGCCUCCACAGCCCAGCUGAUGGCUAUCCUGGAUCGGAUAACGACACGUAGAAGUCGAUCGUCCGAUCGGCACG